GAUGAGACAAUAUCCUGGGACUCCAGUGAUGGUCAGAAUCCUAUCCUUCAGAUUGAUCCAGUGGCCAUCACUCAUGAUGGAUAUUACAAGUGUGAAGUGGCCACACCUGAUGGGAAUUUCUAUCAUGGGUAUCACCUGCAAGUGAUAGUGUCCCCUGAGGUGACCCUGUUUCGAGGCAAGAAUGGAACUGUCGUGUGCAAGGCAGCUGCAGGGAAGCCAGCGGCGCAGAUCUCCUGGACCCCAGGGGGAGACUGUCACACUGUGGAAGAACCGUUGGGCAAUGACACAGUGACCGUCCAGAGUUCAUGCCGCUGGGAGGACCGCCAGGUGUCUAACGUGUCCUGCUCUGUGUCCCAUCUCACUGGCAAUAGGAGUCGGUCCAUAGAGCUGAAUCAAG